AUGAAUGACAAAGAGAAUGUUCACACCGGAGGGCUAUCAGAGGAUCAGAAAGCUCGAAUUUCGGAGAAGUUCAGAGCUGCCAAGGCUCUUCUUGUUCGCAAAAGGCCCCGUGAAAUCACCAACUCAUCUUCCGAUCAAUUCGUUCAAAAGAAUGGGAUUGCCAACAGAAUGGAAAGUCCGGCCGAGGUUACUGGCAUUAAAAGACUCCCUCUCUCGGAGAUUUCAACAAACACACCAUCUCUGGUUUCCACAAAGAGAUUCAACUUAUUGAGCAAUGAUCCCAAAAGUUGUUUAACUUCUAAGUCCUUAUGUGUCAAUACGAGGAUGGAUAGUUUGAGCUCAAGCACUUUAAUUGUCACUACUGAAUGUGGAAUAGCGUCAAAUUCAUUUGAAACUCCGGUAACAAAACUGGAAUAUAAUGGCAAUUCAUAUUCUGAUGGCAAUUCUGGUACUACAGCUGAAUCUGUUCAUGGCAGUUUAAUUGAAAGGGAAAAGAGUGUUCUUAGGGAGGAUGGCUUUGCGUUAAACAGUAUUGUUACUCCAUUGAGACAACUGGAUUGCUCUAGUUCGAGUGAUUCUUUAAGGUUGUCUGGUGUUUUAGAUGAUGAUUUUGAUCAGUCCAUCUUUAAAGAUAUUGAUGCUUUAUGUGAGCAGACCUCAGCGGGGAAAUCUCGAAGGGAGAAUUUGAUCCCUGAUUUUCGAAUGCAAAAUCAGUCUGUUGAAGAAAGUAGUGGGGAACUUUCCAGUGUUGAUUUAAGUGAUCACCAAGAAGUCGGAGAAAGGGGAUCGUGGAAUUCUGAGGCUACACCAAUUGGAGACAUGCCUGAUGAGCAUGCAAAGUAUAUGCAGUCUUUAAAUGACAGGCAGCGGGAAGCGGCUUGUACUGACAUUUCAAUGCCUUUAAUGAUUGUAGCUGGACCAGGAAGUGGGAAGACUUCUACAAUGGUUGGGCGAAUUUUGAUGCUGCUCAGCAAGGGCAUUGGACCAUCCCACGUUCUUGCCAUGACAUUUACUACAGCUGCUGCUUCUGAAAUGAGAGAGCGCAUUGGAUCUGUGGCUGGCAAGGCAGUAGCAAAAGAGCUCACAGUCAGCACAUUCCACUCAUUUUCGUUGCAAAUCUGUCGUACACAUGCCGAGAAGUUGGAUCGCACACCUGAAUUUCUAAUUUACGGGCAUGGGCAACAGAGAAGAGCUAUCAUUGAAGCUAUGCGCAUAUUGGAAAAUGGGAAAGAGGGGCAAAAUCCUGAUUCUUGUAAACUUGGUAAAGAGUCUAAUAGCAUAAAUUCUCCACAACAUUUCAAAGACAAGUCAAAGAAGUGGCUGAAGUUUGUGACUCAGGCUAAAGCUGCUGGAAGGACUCCUGAAGAUUGCCAUAAAAUGGGUGAUGUGAUAGGUGCUUCAAUUCUUCAGAACUAUGAUGACAUACUGAAAUCUUGCAAUGCUCUGGACUACCAUGAUUUGAUCAGCUGUUCGGUGAAGCUGCUCACUGAUUUUUCUGAAGUUUUCAAGGAAUGCCAGGAGUCAUGGAAAGCAAUCGUAAUAGAUGAAUUUCAGGACACAAGUGCCAUGCAAUAUGGUCUGCUGCAACUUCUUGCAUCCCAUAAACGCUUAACUAUUGUUGGUGAUGAAGAUCAGUCGAUUUUCAGUUUCAAUGGUGCUGAUGUAUCUGGAUUUGAAUCAUUCCGUAAGGAUUUUCCUGUUCACAAAGAGAUUCGACUAAACAAAAACUACCGGUCAACUCGUUGUAUUGUUGAAGCAGCAUCAGCUCUUAUAAAAAAUAACUUAAAGAGAUGCCAGUCAAAGAAUGUUCUCACUGAUAACUCUUGUGGAUCCAAGAUAGCUAUCAAGGAAUGUAGCAACGAGGACGCACAGUGUGCAUUUGUUGUGGAUAAAAUCUUAGAAAUUACUUCUGAUGGUUCAACUGGUAAAUGCUCCUUUGGCAAUAUUGCUGUUCUUUACCGGAGGCAGGUGUCAGGGAAAGUGUUCCAAACAGCCUUCCGCAAUAGAAAAAUACCGUUCAACAAUCAUGGUGUGGCCUUCUAUAGGAAAAAGGUAGUUAGAGCCAUUAUUGCUUUGCUUAGAACAACAUUGGCUGGUUGUGAUGAUGGCUCUUUUCGUCAAGUAUUCAAGGCUUUUCUACCUUUUGAGAAAGAGGAAAAAAAGAAGGUAAUUGAACAUAUCGACAAAAUUUCAACUGUAAGGAAAUGCAGCUUUUUAUUGGCUGCAUGCGAUAUAUUUAAUGCAAAGAUAUCUGGUACCUUCAAGAGGAGUCAACUUACCCAAGGACGCAGGGUGUUGCUAACUCUUGACAUGAUAUCAAAACUUGUUCACAGGGAACAAUCAAUUUCAGCUGUCAUAACUUCAGCAGCAAAUAUGAUACCUCAGAAAUGCCUUCUUGAAAAGCAGGCAGUUCUUGAUGUUGAUGGAGGGAAGUUGCUAAAUGAAGACAAUGACGUUAGAUCUGUGCUCCAAUAUUUGCUGGAUGAUGUUUCUGAGUUUCUAACAACACAUUAUAUCACAGUACAAGGAAAAGGAGAUAUGUUAGCAGAAGAUAAAGGCUGUACUAAUGUACUCGAAGCUUUUAUUGAUUACAUAUCUGGAAGGGAGAGAGAAAAUUUCCGUUCCAGGAGACAUGACAAUGAAGAUUCUGUUACUCUUACUACAAUACAUCAGUCAAAAGGCUUAGAAUGGGACUGUGUUUUCAUAGUAAAGGCAAAUGAAUCUGAGAUUCCCUUGUUGCAUGAAUUUAAUGGUGUUGCACAAGAAAAUGGUACCUCAGUUGAGGAGGAGCGACGCUUGUUAUAUGUGGCGAUGACUCGAGCACGGAAAAAGCUUUUCAUCCUAUAUGUUAUUAUGGAUUCAAAUUGGCAGGUUCUUCAACCAUCACGUUUUAUAAGAGAAAUUCCGGAUCAUCUUCAGGAGGUUCAGGGUGAUCUAAAUUUAAGAAGUUUGCAAACAAAUCACCAGCAACCUCAAAAAACAACUUCCGAGUCUAAUGCUGGUCUACCAAGGGAAAUGGAAUCUUCAGAAGUGAAUGUGGUGCUAAAUGAUUCUAUUAAUAUAGAUGACGCAUCCAAAGUGUCUGUCGAGGGAAUUGAGGCUUGCAACGGAAAUAGCUUUUUAAGAAGAUUUAGAACGGAGGACCGUGCAGUUGUUUCCCAUUUGUUCCAUCAAUGGGCUAAGAAGGCAGCAUUUCAAGACCCAAAUAGGUUACUUGACAAGGUUGCCUUUGUCAUUGACGAGCGUAUGAGAGGCCGGAAAUGCACACACAAGGAAGUGUUGCGUGCUUUGAAGUCCGACUUAAGGUGUGAUGAGGCAUUUCACUAUGCUGAAUAUGUUAUAAAGUGGGUGCAAAUUCCUUCUGAUAGGCGUGCUUAUCUAAUGAGGGAGAAACAGGAACAUUUUCAAAAACUAAGAAUCGAGAACGCAAUGGGCUCAUCAGCAGCUACUUCUAAACAGGUAAUCAACAUUCGCUCAUUGAUUUUAUUCAGAAUCUCGCAAGUGCCCCUCUAUGGUGAAGACUCAUUCAUGGUAUGGUUUAAGGAAUUAAGUAUCAAUCUAUGGCAGUUUUGA